CACGGUUCGAAUCGGUACUCCGAUUUAACCGUGUAUUCCGUCGAAUUCCACUCGUUCUCCCUCUCGAAAGGUACAUCCUCCCGCUUUUUGGAUCAUCGACGCAUGGAUGCCGUCCGCAAACGUUUGUCCUUCUCGCGUUCGAAAUUGGCGCUCUCUCGGGAGGCAAACUCUCGUUCGCGCAUCUAUCGCCUUUGCCAAGACGUCGCGUACACGCACGGAAAGGGAACGCUUUCCUCGCGUAUAUAAACGCGUAGGAGAAAAUUAAAGGUACCGGCGAGAAGUGUGCGAUCUCGCGAUGCAACGCUCUUGCGCGUCUAAACCUUUUCGAAUAGCCUACGUUCCGAAAGCUCCGAUUCGAAAAUCGAUCGAGAGAUGCAGCGCUCUUAAGGCUCGCGAGGAGUGAAAGUUUCGCAACGAACUAAAGAAUCCAAACGCUCGUUCCGCCGUCGCUUGGAAGAGUCGACGUAUAGAAGUGGUCGAACGCUUCAACUAUCACAGAUGCCAUACAUUCUGGUGCGUGGUAAUUUAGCUUCGUACGGUCACAGGUAUCCCUGGAGAGUUCUAGUAUCUGGGCUCAAAGCGUCCGACAUAGAGCAACUUACUCGCUUUGCUUCUGGAGGAUAUUGCGACGAUUCUACGAUAGUCUACUUACAACAUCCUUGCGUGAUAUUGACCGCUCUGGAGGUUCUCGGAUACAAGGUGGUCGCUUCUUCCAGCACCAGCGUCAAGCAAGACUACAACGAAUACAUGUGGACUAUGAGAAAAGAUUUCUCGGAGCCUGAACCUGAACUUGUCAUAAAAGCACAAGGAAAAGAUGGCGAAGUCUAACGAAAGUUGUAUCGACACCAUGGCGGAGCCGGUCAGUGCGAUGCCUGAGAAAUGGGUUAACACCGCAACGAGCGAAACUUUUUAUUACGUUGGUGUAAGAGGAUCGCCGUACGCAACCGAAUCAUCCGUUUUCGAA